GGCGGCUCCCUCGCUCGCAGGGCCGUGCCACCUGCCCGCUCGCUCGCCACCGUCGCGCUCCCCGCCGCAGACAUGCUGCCGAGACUGGGCGGCCCCGCGCUGCCGCUGCUCCUGUCGCCGCCGCUGCUGCUGCUGAUGCUGCUGGGCGCGGGCGGCUGCGGCCGCGGGGCGCGCGCCGAGGUGCUGUUCCGCUGCCCGCCCUGCACGCCCGAGAGCCUGGCCGCCUGCGGGUCCCCGCCGACCUGCGCCGAGCUGGUGCGGGAGCCGGGCUGCGGCUGCUGCUCGGUGUGCGCCCGGCUGGAGGGGGAGGCGUGCGGCGUCUACACCCCGCGCUGCGCCCAGGGGCUGCGCUGCUAUCCGCGCCCCGAUUCCGAGCUGCCUCUGAAGGCGCUGGUCCUGGGCGAGGGCACCUGCGAAAAGCGCCGGGACGCCGAGUACGAUGCCAGCUCCGAGCAGGGUGCAGACAAUGGUGAGGAUCACUCGGAAGGAGGCCUGGUCGAGAACAUCGAGGAUGGUUCCCUGAACACGGGAGGUGGAGGCAGUGCUGGCCGCAAGCACCUCAUGCCGGGCAUGAAGGAGAUGGCUAGGUUCCGGGAGAGAGUCACGGAGCAGCACCGGCAGAUGGGCAAAGGUGGCAAACAUCAGGUCGGCUUGGAGGAGCCCAAGAAGCUGCGGCCACCAGCCGCCAGGACCCCCUGCCAGCAGGAAUUGGACCAGGUCCUGGAGCGGAUCUCCACCAUGCGCCUUCCAGAUGAGCGGGGCCCUCUGGAGCACCUCUACUCCUUGCUCAUCCCCAACUGUGACAAGCAUGGCCUGUACAACCUCAAACAGUGCAAGAUGUCUGUGAAUGGGCAGCGUGGGGAGUGCUGGUGUGUGAACCCCAACACCGGGAAGGUGAUCCAGGAAGCCCCCACCAUCCGGGGGGACCCCGAGUGUCAUCUCUUCUACAAUGAGCAGCAGGAGGCUCGUGGGGUACCCACCCUACGGAUGCAGUAAACCACAGCCAGCCGGUGCCUGGCCCCCUCCACCACCCCCGCUGCCACCCCCUCUCCAGACACAGAGAGUGCUUGGGUGGUAGGUGGUGGAGGAUUUCCCAGGAGUUUUGACACGUGUAUUUAUAUUUGGAAAGAGACCAGCACCGAGCUCGGCACACACCCCUGCCUUCCCCUCCCCAGCUGGAGAUGCCUGCACCCUCCCCUUCUUGCUACCCCCCUGGGGAGGAAAGCGGGGGGGUUGCCAUGGGGGGGCUGGGGUAAAGGUUUGGGAGGGGAGAAAAAGAAAUUUUUAUUUUUGAACCCCUGUGUCUCUUUUGCUUGAGAUUAAAAGAAGGAAAAAUAAA